AUGUUGGGAAUCUCAGUUGCUACCCGGAACAUAUGUAUGGAUCUGGAGAGAGAUGGUGUGAGAGUUCCAUUUCUGAAGGAUAUCAAUUUCUUGGCACGACCGGGUGAAAUGACGGCCAUUAUGGGUCCCUCUGGAUGUGGCAAGACCACGUUCUUGAAUAUAUUGUCAAAUCGUCAGUCUGGAACGGUGACUGGUGACAUAUUGUAUGACGGUAAUGAUGGCUUAUUGGCGCAUGUGAAUGACUUUUCGGCGUAUGUAAUGCAGGAGGAUUUCUUUUUACAGAGGCUUACUGUUCGUGAGACAGUGGUGUUUGCAGCGCGAUUAAGAUUGGGUCAUCUGAGUUACGAUGACCAGGUAGCGCGUGCGGAUGGUGUACUAGAUGCGCUUGGUCUGCAGGUGUGUAAAGAUGUCCUUAUUGGAGGUUCUGAAGUCAAGGGUAUCUCAGGCGGUCAACGGAAGCGUGUGUCAAUAGCCGUUGCAUUACUGGAUGAGCCGAGAGUUUUGUUCCUUGAUGAGCCUACUAGUGGACUUGAUGCAGCCCUCGCAUUCGACGUGAUUCAGACGCUGAGAAAAAUAGCAGAAGACAAGGGGCGAACGAUCGUUUGCACCAUCCAUCAACCUAGAAAUGAAGUGUAUGCAAUGUUCGACAGACUCCUGCUACUCAGAACUGGCAAAUGUAUUUACCAUGGACCAUGUGAAGGUGCACUAGAGUUCUUCGCCAAGAUCGGACAUCCAUGUCCCGACGAUUACAAUCCGGCAGAUUUCUUUCUAGACCUUCUAACCGAAGCCGGUAAUGUCACGGACAAUCAGCGGACCGGUGAGAAGCAAGCAACCGAGACGAAAAACCUCGAGAAGCAAGAUCUCAACACACAGAGAAUCCAGGUUAGUGCAGAUGAGGCGGACUCAUUUGCACAGUCGUUUGAUAAUUACCUUGACAACAGUCUGACCAUUAGCGAAAUAGAAAAGAUUCGACGGAGAGCAACCGGGCGACCGGGGGCCUCCUCGCCCUCAGUCCUGCUUCCUAUUCCCGAGUCGCAGGCGUCUUCUCCAUUAACCUCGAUCCAGGGCGAGAAUGCUAGUGCUACUGUAAGUGUAGGCGGCAAGGUGGUGGACCCGUCGGCGGUAAGCAAGGAGGCGGUAGACCAUCAGGUAGUGGAGAUGAGUACUGGGUUAGCGGCAGGCAGUCUAUCCACACGGCCUUCAUGGAGUUUUGCUCGGGAGUUGCGGAAUGUUUACAUUCUAUCUUUACGAGGUAUUAGAGAGUCUUCACGACGACCGCAAUUCGUGUACAUCAACUUCGUCCAAGUCUUCCUCAUCGGGACGGUCGUAGCUACCGUGUGGUUCAACAUCAAGAAGCCGGUGGUGCCUAGUGAUGUGUGUGAUGUAACUGUAACGCGUAACGCUAUAGGUGGAAUGAUGCAGAUCGUGGCAAACACCGCAUUUUCAUCCUUCGAUGCAGCCAUCCAGCAGAUUAACCGACGGCCAUUGAUUAAUCGUGAGGCGAGCGGCGGUCUCUACUCACGUCCAGCGGCUAUGGUGGCUAACUGGAUCUCGGACGGUUGCUUCCAUUACUGGGCUUCAUUCAUCUAUGCAAUCGUGGUCUAUUGGAUGAUGAACUUACGACACUCUGCCAAGGCCUACCUUAUCUGGCUACUCGUCACAAUGACCAUUAAAAUGUCCUUCUGGGGAUCAUCUACAAGCGUCGGAGCUCUCUCACCCAACAUCGGAGCAGGCAUGGGCCUCAUCCCCCUUACCAACGUUCUUCUUUUCUUAGUCUCAGGCUACCAAAUCUCAGAUGACAGUAUACCCAAAGGACUCGUCUGGCUCAAGGCUAUUUCACCCAUCAGAUACGCAUGGCAAACCAUCUCUCGUACUCAACUAGACCCCAACGACACCAACUAUCUUGAACGCUGCAUGGGCUUUACUACACCCAGAAGCUGGUGGGCCGAUUGGCUCAUCAUGGUCGCCAUACUCGUCGUGGCCAGACUUCUCGGCAUCGUAGCCGUCGCCACUCUACACCGGAAUCAAGGCGUCCAGGCCUAA